AUGAUUAUCGAUGAAGUCUUCCAAGCAUUUGGCGAGGGUGCAUUUGUUUUUGGUCCAUUUUGGGAUAACGUUUUGGGAUAUUGGGAGGCAAGCUUAAACAACCCUCGAAGAUUCAUGUUCUUACAAUAUGAGGAUCUUAUAAAAGAUAUCAAUUCUGCUGUGAAAAAAAUUGCAGAAUUCUUGGGAUGUGGUUUCAUGGAGGAGGAAGAGAAUGAAGGUUUGGUUGAGGAGAUAGCUAAGCUUUGCAGUCUCCAGAAUCUCAAGAACUUAGAGUGCAACAAAAAUGGUGAAACCGAAACUCAUGGGCAUAAAAGUAAACACAGUUCGUAUUUUAGGAAGGGAAAAGUUGGAGGUUGGGUUGAUUUUCUCUCUCCGGAUAUGGCAGAACGCCUUCAGAGCUUGAUGCAAGAUAAGUUGGCGGGAUCUAGUUUGACUAUGAAAAUUCAAGGUUCAUAA